AUGUGGACCCUUCUGGCGGCGUGCACCUGGGGCCGCUCCACCUUUGUGCCCGUGGUGGGCACAAAGCGCCCCGCUCUGCGCUCCUCCAGGCACGGGGCGAUGGGGAACCCUAAAGACACAUUUAUUAUUGUCAUAAAGGAGGAAGAACCAGUGAGUCCCCGGCUGGCCCCAGACCAGGUGACUCGGGAAGAGCAGAGGCAGCAGAUCGAGGGCCACGGUUAUCCCUCACCAUUUGGCACAUUUGGGAACACAUCAAUGCCACCAGCCUUAUUGCUGGCCAAAUUCGGCAACUUUUUCUCCGUCCUCAUCCAUUCAAACCCUCCUCGGCGGUGUAAACCGACAAUAGAAAAUAUCAAAGUCUAUCUCCAUGAGAAGGAGCUAUGGAAGAAAUUUCAUGAAGCUGGCACCGAAAUGAUAAUAACCAAAGCAGGCAGGAGGAUGUUUCCUAGUUACAAGGUUAAAGUGACCGGAAUGAACCCCAAGACCAAGUACAUCUUGUUGAUCGACAUCGUCCCGGCUGAUGACCACCGGUAUAAAUUCUGUGACAAUAAAUGGAUGGUGGCCGGGAAGGCAGAGCCGGCCAUGCCGGGCCGGCUGUACGUGCACCCCGACUCACCCGCCACGGGAGCACACUGGAUGCGGCAGCUGGUGUCCUUUCAGAAGCUAAAACUCACCAACAACCACCUGGAUCCCUUUGGACAUAUUAUUCUUAAUUCAAUGCAUAAAUACCAACCACGACUGCAUAUUGUGAAGGCGGACGAGAACAAUGCUUUUGGGUCAAAGAACACAGCCUUCUGCACCCACGUUUUUCCGGAGACGUCCUUUAUAUCGGUGACCUCCUACCAGAAUCACAAGAUAACCCAGCUGAAAAUUGAAAACAACCCCUUUGCCAAAGGAUUCAGGGGGAGCGACGACAGCGACCUGCGCGUGGCACGACUGCAAAGCAAAGAAUAUCCAGUAAUUUCCAAAAGCAUCAUGAGGCAGAGGUUGGUGUCCAGUCAUGGCCAGCUUUCAACAAAGCCAGAUGUUAACCCACUUCAUGGGAAUCACCAGACCCUUCAACAUUAUCAGUAUGAGAACGGUGCUCACAUGCAAUUUGCAGCUUCAGAUACUCAAGAUCUGCCACUCAACACCUUCACAGCACAGAGAGAUUCAGGGCUCUUCUAUCACUGCCUAAAAAGAAGAGAAAGCGCUCGGCACCUGGACCUGCCCUGCAAACGCUCCUACCUGGAAGCCUCGUCUUCUGUAGGAGACGAUCACUAUUUCCGUUCCCCGCCUCCGUAUGAUCAGCAGAUGUUAAGCCCUUCUUAUUGCAGCGAGGUGACACCGAGGGAAGCGUGCAUGUACUCUAGUUCUGGGGCUGAAAUUGCCGGUGUCUCAACGGUUGACGACUUGCCGCCUCCACCUCCCCCCUUGAGCUGCAAUAUGUGGACUUCUGUCGCACCUUACACCAGCUACAGUGUUCAGACAAUGGAAACUGUCCCUUACCAGCCUUUCCCUGCUCAUUUUACUGCCACCACCAUGAUGCCGCGGCUUCCGUCCAUCACGGGUCAAGGCUCGCAGCCACCAGGUAACAGCCAUUUCAGUGUCUACAACCAGCUGUCCCAGUCUCAGGUUCGGGAGCGCGUUCCUUCUUCAUCUUUCCCGAGGGAAAGGGUGCACCCGUCUGUGUGCGAGAGAAAACCCCCCUCUCCGCACCUAAAUGCGGCGAACGAAUUCCUGUACUCACAAAGCUUUUCCUUGUCGAGGGAGUCGUCGCUGCAGUAUCAUUCAGGGAUGGGGACUGUGGAGAACUGGACUGACGGAUGA